AUGACUUCAGAAACUAAUCUACAAUUUGCAUCAACAGGACCCAUGAUGAAUGCAAAUCUUAACCCGACCUCCUCGUUGCCUGGUCAGCCCAACCUCCUCUCGGGCUCCUUCUCCUCCAUGUCCCAGCCGGCCAGCAGUCAUCAACAGCCCUCUUCUGGCUCUAUUCUGCUGCAGCAAUUCUCCUUGAAGCUUCUGAAUGUACCAGCCGACUUGUCGGAGAGAGAGGCUCAGCUCAUCUUUGCUUUGGUCAACGAUGACAUCGCUAGUGUUGAACUCAAGGACCAAGUCAUCACAGCUGUAUUCAAGUCUUUGAACACCUGCAUUACCACGGGGAAACUUCUCGAGCAUAAGCCCAUCUUUGGUGAAAACCUGCCUCAGGUCAACGUGGAAUACGAUGCAAAUGUGUCCAUGGCAACCACUUCCAGUGCAUUCAACAACAUGAGGUUAUCCACCUCUGGCAUUUCUCCGCCAUCUUCCCAUACUGUUCCUCUGGCGGCACAGCUUUUAUCUGGAUCCCAGUCUGGACAACAGGGAUCCUUCGAUUUCCAGAAACGCAAGUCGGUGGGUAACCAGAGAUCCAGAUUCCUUUUUAGCGAUCCAUUUUCAGGCACUACUACUCCAACGAAUGCUAAUGCUCCAUCUGGCUCUAUUGAUUUGAGUGACAUUACUGGCAAGUCAAUUUUGAUGAUGGAAUCGCAUAAUGAUGCCAGAGAAUACGAAAACCUUGUUCGUGAUCCAUGGUCUUCCCAACCACAAAACGCUAUCAACUUUGGCUCAGCCCCUGAAACUCCUGGCAUGAACGUUCCUAAUUCUUUUGAAUGGGGUGUCGGUUCUGGCUCCCAGCAGCAGCAGCAGCAACAACAGCAGCAACAGCCAUCCCAGCAACAGUCUCAGCAGCAACCCCAACAAGGUCAACAACAACAGUCUCAGCAAAACCCACAGCAGCAAUCUGGCCAACAAGGCAACCAAGGUAAGCAGCAGCAAGGUACUCCACUCAGCAGUGGCGCACCAGCGUCUGCUGGUGCCCCAGGCUCCCUCAAUGGAGAGAGAAGAAGAACUUCAUCAGCAUUUUUCACCAACGGUUCCGGGGCCCAGUCUCAGGCCCAGCCGGCUUCGCAACCUUCGAAUCAGCAGCAACCACAGACUGUAGCUGCCAUCUUAUCACAGGGACCAACGCAGUCGAAUGGAAGCAAUUUGACGCCGUUGACUAUUCCAUCAAACUCGGCUAAUAGAAACGGUCCACCAUCUGCCUCCACUCCAUCGGGCACCCAACAGAACGCUCCUUCAUCCCAACCAAACUCUGCUACUACUCCAACCAGUGCUGCUCGCUCAUCAACAAAGGACGUUCCUGACUUGUCGUUGUUGGCAAGAGUACCUCCACCUGCUAAUCCUGCGGAUCAGAACCCGCCUUGCAACACUUUGUAUGUCGGUAACCUUCCUCCAGAUGCUACUGAAGCCGAGCUUCGUACUUUGUUCUCACCACAGAAAGGCUUCAGAAGAUUGUCUUUCAGGACAAAGAACCAAUCUUCCAGCUCAAGUUCCAGCUCAUCUUCGCACAAUCAUGGACCAAUGUGUUUUGUUGAGUUCGAAGAUGUUGCUCAUGCCACCAUCGCAUUGGCUGAGUUGUACGGAAGAGCUUUGCCCAGACCAAACGGUAGCAAUGGUAAGGGUGGCAUAAGGUUAUCUUUCUCUAAAAACCCAUUGGGUGUCAGAGGUCCUGGAAAUCCAAGAAGAUCCUCUUCGCAGCAAGGUUCUAACAGUGGAACAAACAGUAAUGUUGGAAACUUUGGCUACCAAAACUUUCAUUGA